GAUCCUUUUUUCUUCAAUUUCUAAUCAUCUCUCUUAAUAUCUAUUGCUUGAUUCAUAUCUUUUGCUGCAAAAUUCGAUAUGAUUCCUGAUUCUCUAGCUUUGAUUCUGUGUAGCUCUUGAAUUAUGGACUAUCUUCCUGUGGAAGUUAUUGGAAACAUACUAUCACGUCUCGGAGGAGCUCGUGAUGUUGUGAUAGCUUCUGCAACAUGUAGAAAAUGGCGAGAAGCUUGUCGCAAACAUCUUCAGACACUUUCUUUCAAUUCCGCUGAUUGGCCGUUUUAUCGGGAUCUCACAACGAAUCGUUUAGAGAUCCUUAUAACUCAAACCAUUUUCCAAAUCACGGGACUGCAAGGUCUUUCUAUUAUGAUGGAUGAUGCGAAUAAGUUUUCGGCUGCCACGGUUAUUGCUUGGCUUAUGUAUACAAGGGACACUUUGCGGCGAUUGUCUUAUAAUGUUCGUACUACUCCUAAUGUUAACAUUCUUGAAAUCUGUGGGAGGCAGAAGCUUGAAGCUUUGGUUUUGGCUCAUAAUUCUAUUACUGGAGUUGAACCAAGUUUUCAGAGAUUCCCUUGUUUGAAGUCUCUUUCGUUGAGUUAUGUUAGCAUUUCAGCUUUGGAUUUGAAUCUUUUGCUUAGUGCUUGUCCGAUGAUUGAGAGUUUGGAACUUGUGAGUUUGGAGAUUGCAAUGUCGGAUGCACAAGUGACGAUUGAACUGAGCAGCCCGACGCUGAAGAGUGUUUAUUUCGAUGGGAUUAGUUUGGAUAAGUUCAUCUUGGAGGCUGAUAGUAUCGAGUUCUUGCACAUGAAAGACUGUGUUCUCGAGCUCUUUGAGCUUAUAGGAAACGGGACUUUGAAGCAUUUUAAGCUCGAUGAUGUCAGUGUUAUACAUCUUGAUAUCAUGGAGACAUCUGAAAGCCUUGAAGUAGUUGAUGUCAAUCACUUCACAAUGGUUUGGCCAAAGUUCUACCAGAUGAUCUCAAGAUCACAGAAACUAAAGAAACUCCGUCUAUGGGAUGUGGUCUUUGAUGAUGACGAUGAAAUCAUCGAUGUUGAGUCCAUUGCUGCUGGUUUCUCUCACCUGACCCAUCUUUCGUUAAGCUACGAUCUUAAAGAUGGAGCUGCUCAUUACAGUUUGCAAGGGACCACUCAGUUGGAGAACGUGACUGUAUUGGAGCUCGGAUGGACCGUGAUCAAUGAUGUUUUCUCAAUCUGGGUCGAGGAGUUGCUGAGAAGAUGUCCGAAUCUGAAGAAGCUGAUCAUUUAUGGGGUUGUCUCAGAAACCAAAACACAAGGAGAUUGUCAAAUUCUGGCGACAUUCACAUGGUCCAUAGUUCAACUCAUGAGGAAAUACAUUCAUGUUGAGGUACAAUUCGAAUACGAGUAAACGAUUUGUCUUCUCGAUGUUGUUGAAAACAAGUUUGAAGAUUGUGUAAAGAUUUGAAUUUUGGAUUAUUGAAGUUGUUCUGAGCUUAAUGUGAAUAUAUAUCUUCAUUGUCA